CGGGGGGCUUGGCGUUUAAUGAAUCAUUAUCGGGACAGAGGGGAUGAUGAAGAGGAGGUGGAGGAGGGAUUGAAGAGGAGGAGGUGGCCUUUCUGUGACGGCAUGAGAAGCGGGAGUGAAUAUCGUGGAUGCAUAUUAUCGGUGCGGGAAGCAGAGGUGCAGGCGAGUAGAUCGGACUUGCUAUCUUUUCUUGUGCCGAGUCUAGUGUUGUUGGAGUUGUGCGGGACGGACGACAGCCGAGGAGGAGGAGCAGCAGCAGCGGGAGCAGAGGGAGCAGCAGCAGCAGCAGCAGGAGGAAGAGUCGAGGCAGCAGCAGGAGGCCGACCUCGACAUCGCAUGGCUCUCCUCUCGCAGGACGGCGUUGUUGUAGGGGCGCGGGCUUAUGUCUAGACAGCCAAGCCAGGAGCCAAGCCUUGUCUCGCCCUCGUUCGCCCCCCACCCCCACCCCCCAGACGCCCGCCCUUCCGCCCGCCCGUUGCUUCCUUUCUUCUCCCCCACGUCUCGUCUGGUGCAAAGGAAGCGAAUCGGAAGCCUGGCGACGGACUUCGGGCUUCUCACCGCGGGUUGCGGUGCCACUCCCGGAGUGUUGUCGAUCUACUGAUUGGGGAUGUGGUUGUGACACAGCCGGAGAUCGGUGUCUUCUGACCCGAGAGCAGGGUCAAUUGGGAUCUUGAUACGCCUCUCUGAUUAGUCUCUUCCGGCUCACAGGAAGUUGGGAACCCGGCGGUUGUGUUGAUUCGAGUCACAUUCUCUGCAUGUGGCUGAUCUCGUCUCAGCGCGGAGCGUUUAAGCUUAUGUUUUGAUCUUUCAUUGGUCUUGGUGUGCCUCUUGAUCUGCAUGGUCUCGUCAUCGUGAGGAAUUACUUCGAUUCGACCGGGAUUUUCGUUGGGGCUCUUUUGGUUCUUGUCGGCACGAGCGAGGUUUGAGUCGUGUUGGUGGGAAUUGAUCUUCCGCGCUGAGUCUAAGCUUUUGGAGACGCAAGCUGUAGAAGGCGAGGCCUCUUCGAGCUCUGUAAUCCUAUAUUGGGCUUGAUCGCCCUCUCGACCCCACACUCGGCCAUCAAUUCAUCCAUCAAUUCUUAUGUAAGGACCAAGUGCGCUGCGAUCAAUCUUGGAAACCUCGUUCUGGCGAGAAGUUGGAGUCGUCCUUCUUCGGACCAUUGGUCAGAUUUUUCUUCAGACAGGAGUUAUGUUGCAGAUGCUUGAGGCGGUGGCUCUUCAGCCUCCUCCAUGGCUUCCUUUGAGGACCACUGCAACGGAAAUGGCAGUGGAGGAUAGGACGGAUUUAGCAGGAAUUAGUGGAUGAGAGACAGUGCCGCGCAGCGGUGUCUCCGCUGCUUUGAACAUACUAGCAUCUUUCCUUAAUGUGGACAACCUCCUCUUGGAGGUUAAUGGCUGCUCCUUUUCAGGAAUUCCGAGUGUAUCCCCAUGUUUUCCCAGUAGGAGACACGUCUGCGGACAUGCAAAUUUUUGAGGCUUGGAGAUGGAGGGAAUGCCUCAGUUUAGAACAUUUUGAGCACAACGUGGAUCAUUCCCAUUGCACAAAGAAGGGUCCAAAUUGUUAACAGUUAUUCCAAUCCUAUACAUAAGCAACAAUGGAACGGUACAAGGUGAUGAAACAGUUGGGAGAUGGCACAUACGGCAGUGUCUGGAAGGCCGUGAAUCGACAGACUAACGAAAUAGUUGCUAUCAAGAAGAUGAAGAGAAAAUUUUACUCCUGGGACGAGUGCAUGAACCUUCGUGAAGUGAAGUCUCUACGGAAGCUGAAUCACCCCAAUAUUGUGAAGUUGAAGGAGGUCAUAAGAGAGAACGAUGAGCUCUAUUUUGUUUUCGAGUACAUGGAGUACAAUCUCUAUCAAAUGAUGAAAGACAAGGACAAACUUUUUCCAGAAUCGAAAGUGAGGAACUGGUGUUACCAAGUGUUGCAAGCUCUGGCUUACAUGCAUCGAUAUGGCUAUUUUCACCGCGACUUGAAGCCAGAAAACUUGUUGGUUACGAAAGACGUUAUCAAAGUAGCAGACUUCGGUCUUGCAAGAGAAGUGCGCUCUCGGCCACCGUACACAGACUACGUGUCGACUAGAUGGUAUCGAGCACCAGAAGUUUUGCUGCAGUCUUCCUGCUACAAUGCAGCAAUUGACAUGUGGGCAAUGGGAGCUAUUAUGGCUGAACUUUUCACUUUGCGCCCCCUGUUUCCUGGUGCAAGCGAGGCCGACGAACUAUACAAAAUCUGCACUGUCAUCGGCCCACCAAAUCAUCAUACAUGGUCGGAUGGCAUGAAGCUCGCCGCAUCCAUGAAUUUCCAUUUCCCUCAGUGCACUUCUUCACAUCUAUCCGCUUUAAUACCUACUGCAAGUGCUGAAGCAAUCGAUCUGAUGUCGGCCAUGUGUUCUUGGGAUCCCAACAAGAGGCCAACUGCUGCACAAGCACUGCAGCAUCCCUUCUUUCAGGUUGGCAUGCCUAUUCCAUCCUCGAUCCCUAACCGGAGAGAGCUACUGAAGACUCUCGUCCCGCCAACCCACGAGGUCAAGAGUGAGGCAAAAAGCUACUCUGAGAAAGAGAUGCAUGAGCGCAGUAGUGAGGAAAAGCCUUUUCUGGAUGAUUUGAACGCGAUGCCUGCAGCAGAGAAGUAUAACGUCUUCUUAGGUGCCACUGCUCUGCCGAAAGCGAACGGGUCAAAGUUAGCUCCGGAAGUGAGCCCAUCUUUGUAUCUCGGCAGCAAUGUCAGGCAGGCUCGAUAUCGACCCAUGCCCAGCCCUCAAGCUUUACCGGCACUAGUAUCACCUGGACCAUCCCCUACUGCUGCACCAUUGAAAGCGGCGGUGCCUGUUUUUACUAGCCGGCAAUCAAGCCAAGCAGCGGUGGCAGCUGUUGCAUCCAAUGUAGGGACUGUCCAGGCUCCUCAAUACAGUCUGAGGGCAGCAUACAAUGAUUAUUUCCCAGUACCAGCAGCAGCAGCGAUGACAUCUCAGUAUGGUAGGGGCUAUAACACUAGUGCGUUCCGUUACGACAAUCGGGUCGGUGCGGGGUCUGGCCGUCGCUACUGAAAGAAUGAAGGUGACCUUAGCAAUGAUCAUGGCAGAACUCUUAUCAGAUUCUGUCUGAUGACAUCACUUUAUGCUUGCUAAUGUUCAGUCGCGCUAGCAUGAAAUGUGGGAUGUGUACUGGUUCAGGAUCUGGUACUUGAGACAGUGGUCAAUAAUAGGUAAGAGUGUGGUUUGGUAGAGUACGUCAUCACUAGGGUAUGAUGUCUGUUCAAGACGUAGUCCUUGUCUGGUAUCAGCCUUAGAUACAGUUGAAUGUGGGUAUCGAGCUGGAAGGUCGCGGUGAAACAGGUGUGGAAAUCCUAUGUCGUGCAUCUAGAGCAGGUUUUUUUUGGUGCCGUGUCAGUUCUAUGUUUUGUAUGUUUGUUCGUCUUCCCUCUUCGAGCAGAAAGAAAUGUGUCUCGGGUGACCUGGCUUCAUUUCGUAGAUUCUGUACUUCAUGUAAUAAAUGGGAACGUUUCGUCAUCUCUGAUUCAAUAUUCUGGAUGUUCCUGAUUAUUAGGUAGAGUAGGCUGUAGCGAAUUGAACUGUAGGUACUUUCUUAGGUUGGCGAUGAAGGUGGAAGUGUUAGUCUCAUACUGCGCAGACGCAGAUUGUAGUACAUGAAAUGAGGAUCACUAUUUAUGUGUUGAAGCAAUUGUUGCAGACAAGUGACAGUGUUGUCUUGGCAUUUUUGCUCGAAAUAUUUCGAAAGAAUGGCUGAAAGUAGUAAUAUUCA